AUGCGCGCCCUCAGAGCUUUCUCGACGAUAUUGGCUUCGGCUUCAAUUGUUGCAAGUGCCAUCUUACCACGCCAAGGCAACAGUACCGGGUACCAGCUGCAGACAGGACCUCUCGAUACGCCCUGGACCGCAGAUGUCGGGACAAAUCCGUGGCCCGAGCAUCCCCGGCCCAGAGUCGAGCGCGCGCAAUGGAAGAACCUGAAUGGGGUAUGGCGCUGGAGGAGCGUGACAGCUGGGCAAGUCGAGUUUCCGCCCACAGGGCAGAUCCUUGAGCGUUCAGUGUUGAUCCCGUCAUGUCUCGAGAGCGCAUUGUCUGGAAUCAUGGAGAGAGGACACCUAUACAGCUGGUUCCAGACAUCAUUCGACGUUCCAUCAGAUUGGCCGACUGGAAAUCGUGUGUUGAUUAACUUUGGAGCUGUUGACUAUGAAGCGACAGUCUUCGUCAACGGCAAAAGAGUAGGCUUCCACAGAGGCGGCUACUUCGAAUUUACCUUCGAUGUGACCGACUACCUCUCGAUGAAUGGCACGAACGAGCUACUGGUGCAUGUUUUCGACCCGACAGAUACCGGAAGGUAUCAGAUCCCCAUCGGCAAGCAGACUCUGACCCGCGGGGGCAUGAUCUGGUACACGCCCUGUACCGGAAUCUGGCAGACUGUGUGGCUGGAGUCAACUCCUGCUGUGUACAUCACAAAGCUGGAUCUCGCUGCUGGCGCAGACGGCAACGUGAACGUGACAGUGCACAGUAGCACGAAUAGUUUCAGCACUUAUGAGAUCACUGUACAUGAGCUUGGAUCAGACAUAGCGAAGGCCACAGCUUUAUGUAUCAGCGGCAGCCCCUGCAUCUUCAAAGUUAGAUCCCCAGAUCUUUGGACCCCUGACUCACCAACACUCUACAACAUCACCGUCACGCAUGGAAGCGACUCGAUCUCAUCUUACUCGGGCUUUAGGACCAUCUCAAGGGGAGUGAUUGACGGUGUUGAGAGACCGCUCCUUAACGGCAGGUUCGAGUUUUUUUGGAGCCCGCUCGAUCAAGGCUUCUGGCCCGAUGGGAUAUACACCCCUCCGACGGUAGAGGCCAUGCGCUACGACUUGGAGAAGCUCAAGGAGGUUGGCUUCAAUGCCAUUCGUAAGCACAUCAAGGUCGAGCCGGCCCUGUACUACAAGGCUGCCGAUGAGCUGGGUUUCCUGGUCAUCCAGGACAUGCCCUCUCUGCGCCCAGACCUGCCAGAUCCGAACAAUUCGUGCGGCUCCGUUCGACUCGAAGGCCCUGACGCGCAGGCAGAGUUCAAUAGGCAACUUGGCCUUCUUGUCGAGCAGCUGAAGAGCUACACGAGCAUCUUCGCGUGGACCAUCUACAACGAAGAGUGGGGCCAGGCUACCAAGCCCCCAUUUCCAGAGUUCCCACUCACAGACCUUGUACGCUCUCUCGAUCCAACGCGUCUAGUCAAUGCAGUGAGUGGCUGGACUGAUCACACAGCCGGUGACUUCGACGACAACCACCAUUAUUCGACACCGCAGUGUGGCUCGCCCUUCUGGUCAGUGCAGGGCUCUGGUCCCUCUGGCUACAACUCGGCGUACGACCCUAGCCGUAUCGGCCUGCAGGGCGAGUUUGGCGGCGUUGGACAGCAGCUGCCGUUUGAGCAUGCAUGGUUCGACGACCUUGCCAGGCAGACAGCGUACGAGUUGACAAACACCACCGAGGAGUGGAACUACCGAUGCAUCCAGAACAUCGUCCAGCUUCGGGAGCAGAUUGAGCGGUACGCAUGCUCAGGCGGUGUGUGGACGCAGACCACCGAUGUGGAAGGUGAAGUCAACGGGUUAAUGUCGUAUGAUCGAAGGAUCAAUCGUAUGGACAAGGGAUUGUGGAGCAGUACGAUCCAAUCGCUUUAUGACGCUGCGGCGAAGCGAGGGAACGGGUCUAUGGCGAUCACGGGACGAGGUGCUGGGCUGGACGGGUUGCAGGAGGUUUUUACAUGA